UGUUUUAUUAGAAUUAUAUUCGUCAGCGUUUUCUCGUCAGUUAAAACCGUUCAUGGACGGAGUCAACUCUUCAAGUUGAAACGACUGGAAUAGACAUGGUCCGAAUUUUUGCUGCCAUUCUGCUGGCGGCCCUUGCGUCAGUGUCGGAAGGAACUCUGUCCUUUCAGUACCGCGCUGACGGAAAAAGAGGAGGGAUAUUCAACAAGCUAUCGGGCAAAGUUCUAUCAGGGUUCGUGAUUGCCAAACACCAAGUCACAUCCCCAGUAUGGUGCGCCCAGCACUGCCUCGAGAACAUGGAUUGCGCCUCGUACAACGUAAGGAAUGCAGUCACGUGUGAGCUGAACAACGAAACCAUGGCAACCCAAAACGCAUCCCUGCAAAGCGACCCCGAGGGUGAUCACUACUUUCCGGCAGAACUAGAGUACAAGUCGUGUCUGGACCACAUGAAGGCGGGCGCCACGGAUUCGGGCAUCUACACCAUCACCUUUAGUAAUGGGGCGCGAGCCAAAGUCAUGUGCGACUUGACCUCUGAGCCUAACGCUGCGUGGACCCUAGUUCUCUCCUUUGCCAUCAAGAACAGAUAUCUUGCAGAGUUCUGUACCAAAUCCUGGCAAUUUGACGCCCCGAGACACAGCAACGAACCGAACUGGGACGACUACAGAAUUGAACUCGCUAAGAUGCAGCACCUCGUUAAACAGUCCACUCACUGGCGUGCUACCACAGGGCUACCAGUCUACGGCGUCGAUUACCGAGACUACAUGAGAGGGUUGUUGUCGAGACUAGACGUGUUAGCUGAUGUGCAAGGCUGCCGUGACGUUGAAUACGUGAAUGUGCGUGGUUACAGCGCCACCAACUCGUCCGUUUACGUUUGGCACUUAUCCGGGCAUUUCCCACUUCACAUUGACACCGAAUGGAGCUAUGUACACUGCAGAUUCAAACCCCCUAAUUACGUGCCUAGCGAGAAUAACUUUGGCGUGUACUGUAGAGACAGCGAGCAGAAUCCGAAAUUUCGCGGAAGUGAAGAUGAUGGCAGCACUACCCAGUGGUGGUUUGGCGGAUACUUGAACUAGCCCUUUAAAUAGCAAAGCAGUUACAUCAACUAGGCAUCAAAUGAACUAGCAAACCAAACAACUAAAGCCCACACCCAACUAAAAUCCUCUCACAAGUACCAGCGAGGACAAAUGGAAGGCGUUACUGUGGCUCUUUCCGUGCACGUUAUUGAUCCGAGAGGAAGCGAGGGACUUGGAACGAGACACAGGAAUCCUGAUCCCAAUGCCUUGGAUUCAAGAGAUUAGAACUAGAUAAGCAGCCAUGCACAGACAUGGCACACCAAACGCGUCUGGGUGCAUGGCCGAAAACCACAGUAGUUUUUUGUUGCUCUUUUGAAUUUACGUAGCACUAGCAGUAACAGAACUGAGAGAUUACGGGCGAAAACAAGAAUAGCUCCAUAUUUCACAUCAUUUAAUAACUAUAGUCAUAGUAAUAUAAACAUUUUGUCAUUGAUUAUUCUGCUCACACAUCAAAUAAGUGCCGAUAUUUAUAACCAGGUGCGGUAGGAUAGUUUACUCUAGAAUACAGUUCACAUAUUUUAAAA